AAGCAGUAAAAUAAGAAAAUAGCAUCGUUAAAAAUCAGGCUUUAUAUUCCUUUACACUAUAACUCGUAAUGCAAAAUUUACAGCAAAACGGUAUCCAUAUAAUCAUUUCUAUGUUACAGGUACAACGCGUCACGGCAAUUGAGAAAAUUACCGGUUUAACACACGCGAUCUCAUAAUAAGAUGUUAAUGAAACAACAUUGAAUGGAACAGUUGUUUUUGUAACGAAAGAGCGAAGGCACGGAAUAAAGAUGUGAUUUCAAAAAAAAAAAACCAGUGAAAUGAAAAAUACCGCCGAAAAAUACCGGUUUAGCGAGAGGCGGAAGUGCGCACGAUGACGUCACAAAUCCGGUUAAAUGACUGUAUAAAGUAAAUCUUGUGUUUAAUUGUGUUUAGCUUCUUUGUGUGUCGCGGUUUGCGCGUGUGUGCGUUUAGAAAAAAAUUAUAAUUUUUUUGCGAGUUUCUUUUUUUUUUACCGGCCAAUUUUUAUUUUGAUAGCCGGUUGUUUUCUUUCGUCCGUAAAGCAAUAAUAGUUAAGGUUCGUAAUGCAAUAAUAUUCUAACUCGUAGUCGUAUUGUACAUUAAUAAUUAGAUUCGCGUAGUGUCGUUUACUGUGAAGUCGCUAAAACUCAGAGUUCGGUAAAACGGGUAAAGUAAUUUAAUGUAAAUAGUCGUUAUUAUAUAGGCGAUUCCGUUCUUGUAAGAGAUAAGUUUGGUUGAUCCGGUUUUUUUUUCUCAAUACGGACCAAAAAACCGUAAGCGGCGAAAACAAAAGAAUAAACCGGUAAAAUCGAAAAAUGGUGUCCAAUACCACGGUGCUCACCAGGACUACCAUGACCACACUCUUGAAUGGCACAUUAGGGUUGAACUCAACAUACUUGGUCCCCACGUAUAUGAGCCCUGAAGAGUUUUUGGCGCUGCAGAUGACAAACACCUCAGACGCUAACACGACCUUGAACGAAACGCAAGUAAACGUCGUCUUGAAGACGUGGUACCCGAGUGGCUAUUCGCCGGCGCACAUCAUCAUAGCCUCAGUCGUAGUAACAGUGUUAAUGAUAAUGGUAGUCGUUGGCAAUAUGCUUGUUAUAAUUGCCAUUGUAACAGAGAAAGCAUUGAAAAACAUCCAGAACUGGUUUAUCGCGUCGUUAGCGGUAUCGGACUUCUUUCUCGGGCUGGUGAUAAUGCCGUUUUCGUUGGCGAACGAACUGAUGGGAUACUGGAUUUUCGGGUUCUGGUGGUGCGAGAUACAUUCGGCAAUGGACGUGUUGCUUUGCACCGCGUCAAUCAUGAACCUGUGCCUCAUUUCGCUGGACCGCUACUGGAGUAUAACUCAGGCAGUAGACUACUUGAAGAAAAGAACACCAGCGAGGGCAGCGCUGAUGAUAGCAGCGGUUUGGCUGAUGAGUGCAUUGGUGUGCAUUCCUCCACUCCUCGGUUGGAGAGUCAGCAGGCCACUAGAGCAGUUUCCACAAUGCAAGGUCUCAGAUGACAUCGGCUACGUGGUCUACUCAGCGCUGGGUAGCUUCUACAUACCGUCCUGCAUUAUGGUGUUUGUCUACAUCAGGAUAUACUACGCAGCGAAGGCCAGAGCGAGACGGGGCAUCAGGAAAAAUCCUCGACCAAGACCUAAUGAUCAGCAGACGAGUUUCAGUAGCGCUCCGAAGGGGACGCGGCCAAUGCCCACGACGCAUCCCAUGCCACAGUGCCAUCUAAGCACGAACAAUAACGGAGAGAGUCAGAUCUCGACCAUCGAAGCGCCCCAAGUGCAAAUACCUACGGUCACGUGCGAGCUGGCUUCUGAUAUAUCGACGAGUGAAGCAGGAGAUCCAGCUCCACCUCCUCCUGACGAGAGAAAGGACACCUUGAAGGUAGUAACAUCAGCUCAAGUAACAAAAAAUCCACUCGCGUCCUGCCCACAUAGGAGUUCGACGCUAUCAGUGAACGGAGAACUGGCUCUGCAGCAGGCGCGGUGUAGAGCGCCCAGUGUCGCCAUCGACGCUGACAUGGUCUCUGAGAUGGAGCCCUCAUCGUCAGACUCAGGGGUUGUCAGUCGCUGCGGAGGCGUCAAACCAUUAAAGCUUCGUAUCUUCAAAAAGACAGACAGAAGACAAGAAAAAUCUCAACCUCACAAAUCAGAAUUAGAGCCAGCAUUACCCAAGCCGCACAAACCUCGUGACCCAGAAAGAGAAAAGAAAAGACUGGCCAGAAAAAAAGAGAAACGAGCCACUCUGAUCUUAGGUUUAAUUAUGGGCAGUUUCAUAGCUUGUUGGCUGCCAUUUUUCUUCCUCUACAUCUUAAAAGCCGCUUGUAGAAUCUGCGUGAUACCAUCAAGUGCUUUCGCCAUAGCGUUCUGGUUGGGGUACAUGAACUCUGUACUAAAUCCGGUCAUCUACACGAUCUUCAACAAGGAUUUUAGGCGCGCGUUUCGGAGGAUACUGUUCAAGUGAUGUUUGGCCUACCUGUGUUGCUACAGAUGUGUCGCCAACAGGAUAAUGUUGGCCCAGCAGCGAGCAACACCGGGCCUUUACAACGUGCGUUGAUGGUUUAAUUAAUUUCAGGACUAUAAAAGUGAUUUUAGGGGUGUCUGACCCUGGCCGGACCAUUUCUGUUUUCAACUAGCAUUUAUUUUUACAUGCCGCAUUAUAAUUAUGUAUAUAACACGUGACGGAACCCGAGUAGGCCCGUCUAUCGAAAGAUAUUUUAACAUUUUUCUCUGCUACAAAACUAAAAUUCACAGAGCAAUGGAUUUGUCAAUGUUGGACAAACACACAUCCAUUGCUCCGUGAAAGAUCGAAAUUAUGAAUUAAGUUCACUAAUAUUGGGUACUAGCUACUAGGUACUAGUUGUACCAGGUAUUACUACUGGGUACUAGUACUAGGCACAUCUAGCAUGUGCAGUUUUAGAUCCUCUAUUUAUUUUACAACUACUUCAAUUAUAAAUUUGUUUUUUUGUAGAUGGUCUUAGUUAAUAUGAUUCGAUUUCCAAAGAAGUUGAUUCCUUGAAACGCAGACAAUCCUAAUCGAUUUAAUUAUUUUUUUAAUGUAUGUUUAGACUUUUUUUUAAAUGUGGAAUGUAUUGAAUGGUCAGCGUAAAAGCAAUAAAUAAACCUUUUUACUGAUAGUUUCGAUUAUUAGGCCUGUUUAGUGUUUUAUGAUAUUUUGUACAUAGUAGUAAGGUUAAUUUCUUUGCGAGUUCCACAGGGUCAAUUUUCGACUACAUUUUCUUACACACAAAGAUAAUUUGGAAAGAUCGAAACAAAAUAAUUGUUUUGGAGGAGGAAAGAAUAACAAAAGAGAGAGAAAACAUUUGUUUUAUCUAUGCUAAAGACAAAAUUUUUUUUUUUUUCGCAAUUUUAUUAACCAUAUAUUAUAAAUAUUAAAAUUAAGGAUAUCUGUACAGCCUUCCCUGUAAAGAAACCCAGCGUCAUACAACUACAGCGUCCACAAUAAUCUGAAUUAUUUUUAAUGAUAUUAGCUAUUUUAUUAUUAUUAGAUAUUAGCUUUUUUUGUUUUUCUUUCUUCGAGAAAUAGCGAAUUCAUUCCGCGUUUUGCUUUGACUUAUCCUGAUGUAGGAUGUAGUGUGUACUCAUUUGUGGUAACAACUCUAUCUGUUACACUAUUCUGUUUGCAUGGCUCACAAUAGAAAUCUUCCUUGAAGUGACGACAAUAACUGUACAAAAUUUCAACCGAAUCGGGGGUAGAAGACGAAGGAACACCAAGAACAUUAACUAUAAUAAAUUAAAUAGGCUUAAAUGACGCCUAGUUAGUUCCUGUCGGGUAAAUAUGAAAUUAUACUUGAAGAUUGAAUACCUGUGAAGCUACAUAGAAAAAAGAUUACAGAAAUUUAAUAAAUAAAUUUUGAAAUUCGUAACUUCUAUCUUUAAAAAAAAUAGUUGUGGUGCAGAAUUACAAUGAUUUUUCUUGUUCAAUUUUUUCAUACACAAUUGUAAUUACGCGCUCAUUUCUUAAACUUUUAGCGAAUAAUGUUAGUAGAUAAAUAGUUGGAUAUUUUUUGUGUGCUUUCUCAUUGCGAGCAUUCGUAAGCAAACAGAACUCGACGAACGAGCAGUCGAGCUUUGUAAGCUGUGACGUUAGCUUUUGGAACGAAGUUCCUUAUGGGACGAUGCGGAGGGGUACCCAAACCGGGAAAAAACGUCCGUAACGUAAGAUUUUUAUUAGUAAUGCACACAGUGUAGGACUUAAUUUUGUAAUAACGUACAAAAAAUAACAUAUGCGCGUUCGUUUGCGCAAUACACUAACUCUUAAGCAAACAACCGUGAAUGAAGUGUACCACAAUAAGUUCGCACGUUACCGAAUGAACGUGGGUUGUUGCGAAACCUUAUAGUUUUAUUUUCUUUAUACCUCGAAUAGAACUUAAAAUUAAUAUUUUUAUAAUAAGGAACUUCGUUUCUAUUCGGUGUCCCACGACACCACAUAUCUUUUUAUUAUUAAAUUCACUGUUUCAUUUAGUAUUUUUUGUGACUUUGCCCGCAUUAGCUUAUUUCUUAUACGAAUACUGAAUUCGCAGGAGUAUAAGCAAGAACCAAGUUCUCCAUCGUUCAUUUCAAAUUUGCUAACGAAUGCUCGCUGUAAGAACACACGAAUAAGACGAUCAUUGGGAAUGAAUAUAAUGAAUAGAAGCACAGUAUUGAUGUACGUACAACUGACUCGGUGAUCAAGUAGUUAGCGCCUCUGACAGUUUGCGCCCAGGGUCGUGGAUUCGAUUCCUAAAUACAAAUAUUACAUAGAAAUAUAAUACUGUACCUACGGGGCGGUGGUACCUACCCGUGCGGACUCACAAGAGGUCCUACCACGAAUAAAAAAAUAGAUGAAUAACUCAAUAUCACAAUAUCACGCCAACCGAUUUCGAUGAUUAUUGUUUUUAGUGUAUAUUAAUUUGUUUUGGAAUAUCUUUUUUUUUCUAUUUGAAGUCGGUUUUUGUUAAAACAUGUCUCUUUACAAUUAUUUACAUAACCUAUAACACGAAACGUCAGAAAUUAUUCGUAUCGUACCGUAUCGAUACGAUAUCGAUAUCAUAUCGAUACGAUAUCGAUCGUAUCAUAUCUGUCAUUAUAUUCAUUCCAAUUGAUUAAUAUAAAUAAAGAAUUACUGCAAACACUAAUGGAUUUGAAAAAGUAAUAAUUCUCAAUAUAGUAUCUCGUACUAUAUAAUGUAAAUUAAUUAUUGAAAUACUAGCUUGUAUUAAUUUAAAGUAUAUUUUUAAAUGCGCAAUGUGAUUGUGUUUUUGAGGGAACAACACACAUUUCAUUCCUCAAAUGUAAAUACAGUUUUUAAAUAUU